AUGGGGCCAUAUCUAAGCUAACCAAAAAGAGAUAAAACAACAACAACGGGAUAAGGAAAGUCUGUUAUAUUUGCUGCCUCAGAAAUGCAAGGCUGGAGGAACACGAUGGAGGAUGCUCAUAUUCAUAGACCUGAUAUUAUACAAGAUGUCUCUGUUUUUGGUGUUUUUGAUGGACAUGGAGGUAGAGAGGUUGCCUAAUUUGUGGAGAAGCACUUUGUGGAUGAGUUAUUGAAAAAUAAAAACUUUAAGGAACAAAAAUUCGAAGAAGCACUUAAAGAAACAUUUUUAAAGAUGGAUGAAUUGUUGUUGACUCCAGAAGGGCAAAAGGAAUUAAAUUAAUACAAAGCAACUGAUACUGAUGAAUCUUAUGCCGGAUGCACUGCCAAUGUAGCCUUGAUUUAUAAGAAUACUCUGUAUGUUGCCAAUGCUGGUGAUUCAAGAUCAGUUUUAUGCAGAAAUAAUACUAAUCACGACAUGAGCGUUGAUCAUAAGCCAGAUAAUCCCGAAGAGAAAUCCAGAAUUGAGAGAGCAGGUGGUUUCGUUAGUGAUGGUCGAGUGAAUGGUAACUUGAAUUUAUCGAGAGCCUUGGGAGAUUUGGAAUAUAAACGGGACAACAAGUUAAGAUCUAAUGAAUAAUUGAUUAUCGCCCUUCCAGAUGUUAAGAAAACGGAAUUGACUCCAUAAGACAAAUUUAUUUUAAUGGGUUGCGAUGGUGUCUUUGAAACUUUGAAUCAUUAAGAGUUGUUGAAGCAAGUCAACUCAACUAUUGGUUAAGCCCAAGUGACUGAGGAAUUGUUGAAAAAGGCUGCUGAAGAUUUAUUAGAUUAAUUAUUAGCUCCAGACACAAGUCAAGGAACUGGCUGUGACAACAUGACAACCAUCCUAGUAUAUUUGAGGAGAUGAAAAAGAAUAUAAAAACAACAUUUAUGUAAUAUU